AUGCCGCGAGCAAACCGACUACAUGGUUCCGAGAGCAUCACCGCAUCCAUCAUGCCCAGGCUGUCGCACGAUGGCUUUGAAGAAUUGUCUCAUCGUCCACACCAUAGUCCUCUACCUCGCUUUGGUACAGCUUCCGAACGGAGCUCGAUUCCCGACUCGCGAAUCCUCGUGCCUCGAAUUUCUGUCACUCCAGAGGUCGAAGCCGUCGAUGACAACACGACAUCCAUCUGGGCUGCCAUCAAGGUUUAUGGGUAUGCAUACUCGCAACAAGACAGAUCACCUGGUCCAGGCAGGUUUGUCGGGGUUUAUAAAUCAUCAGCCGACAAAAGUAUGUACCGGGACGCCGAAGAUCCUUGGAAGUACGGAUGUAUACAUAGUAUGAGUAUCCAGAUCAUGCCAACAGGGAAUAACUGCAUUCUUGAUGUUAUCCGGGAUAACCCGAUACCAACGACUCUGGGCAACAACGAGAUGAUACUGCUGCUUGUGCAUAUUCUUUUAGAUCAGUCUCGCCCUAAAAGUCAAGCAGGUCAUGUCCGGCAACGAUCAGACGAGCUGAUUGAAGAUCUGCAAUAUCAACUGGGAGACUCUCGGUUAGAUUUUGUUCGGGUUGUUGUCAAAUACAACCAUUCUGCGUUCCCUCUUCAAUCCCGUUCUGAAGCCGUCGAUGGCGUUGUUGAAAUGGGAACAAAGCUGGAGACUUCUGUCAAAGCCAUCAUCAAGCAUCGCAAUUACCAAUCGCAGUGGUCACCCUGCCCCGCGCCAACCACCAAUCCUGUUUUGAGCAUCACCUACGACUGCUGGGAGCUAGAGAAAGCCCGGAGCGCCAUGCGCCGCAUCACUACUCAACCAGCUUUGCCGCAUAAGCUGGCCAAGCCAAGAUCCAGGACGAACUUGCCAACGGAAGAUAAGCUGGUGGUCACGCGAACGCCUCCGAUUGUUCCCAGGAGGAAAGCCAGCCUCGGAUCAGACGUGAUGGUCCGACAGCCAGCACCACUGCACGGUGGAUGGUCCCAACCUCGAGAAUGCUCGGGAAUGGACUGGCGGAAUACCUGUGUGGGACAGGGGAAGCGGGUGCCAACAACUGCAACGUGCGCCGACGAACCGACGGCCAAGGCCGGGACCGGAACCGGGCUCGAGCUUCCGAACCAUACGGGCAUUCUGAAACGUCCGCGAUCAAUGGGCCCGGGGCUACUGAGAAGUCUGGGGGCGGACAGUGGCGGUCAUGGAGUGGAUAGAAGGUCUACGGCUGGAGGUUCACUCCACGUACAAGGACAGAGGCCCUCCAACCGCUGGAGUUGGACGGGUUGGUUUUCGUGA